GAGGGCAGUGCGCUGCGCAUGCCCUCUGAGGUGCGAAAGUUUGAGGCGGGUCUCUGUCAGUCAGUGGGGGGCUUCAUGGAGGCGGGAGAGCUCUCUGGCGCGCAGUCUGCUAAAGGGAUCAAGCCAAUAGACCGUAAAUCGGUUCACCAGAUCUGCUCAGGGCAAGUGGUGCUGAAUUUGAGUACUGCGGUGAAAGAGCUGGUGGAAAACAGCCUCGAUUCUGGUGCGACCAGUGUUGAAGUGAAGCUUAAAGAAUAUGGGACAGAACUUAUUGAAGUUUCUGAUAAUGGCUGUGGUGUGGAAGAAGAGAACUUUGCAGGCUUGACUCUGAAGCAUUUCACUUCCAAGAUACAAGACUUCUCCGAUCUUAUACAUGUUGAAACAUUUGGCUUUCGAGGUGAAGCCCUCAGCUCUCUGUGUGCAUUAAGCGAUGUUUCUAUUUUGACUUGCCACAAGUCUGCGAAGGUUGGAACACGUCUUGUGUUUGAUCAUGGCGGGAAAAUCACCUCCAGGGCCCCUUAUCCUCGACAGCAGGGGACAACCGUUGGCAUUCAGCAGUUGUUUUAUACCCUGCCAGUACGGCAUAAAGAAUUUCAGCGCAACGUAAAAAAGGAGUAUGCAAAAAUGGUUCAGGUGUUGCAAGCGUAUUGUAUCAUUUCAACGGGCGUUCGAAUUAACUGCACCAAUCAGGUCGGCCAGGGCAAGAAACAGCUUGUGGUGGGCACCAGCGGGAGUCUGUCCUUAAAGGAAAACAUUGGGGCGAUAUUUGGACAGAAGCAGCUGCAAAGCUUGAUUCCUUUCGUUCAGCUACCUGCUAGUGAAGCUGUCCAUGAAGAGUAUGGCUUGUCUUCUUCUGAUACGCUAGCCAGUCCUUAUACCAUAACACUAGCCGCUUCGCUAAGUUGCGAUCACGCAAGGCCGAGUAGCAAGCAAUGCAUGAGAUGACAGUUCUUCUUUAUUAACCAGAGGCCAUGCGACCCAGCAAAAGUUUCCAAAGUUGUGAAUGAAGUAUACCACAUGUACAAUAGACACCAGUAUCCCUUUGUUGUUCUUAACGUAUGUGCAGAUUCUGGAAGCAUUGACAUCAACGUGACACCCGACAAAAGGAAAAUACUGCUUCAGGAAGAAAGACUUCUGUUGGCUGUUUUGAAAACUUCUUUGAUGGGAAUGUUUGGUAGCGACGUUAACAAGCUUGUCGUCAACCGGAAGUUGCCAGAUGCUGAAGGAAACUUUACGCCGGACAUUCAAGAUGAGACCGAAGCACCCGGCUUGAAAAUGCACAGUUCCUUGUCUCCAAAUCCAAAGCAAGCAAUGACUGUAGCCAAGCUCAGAGAGUCUUUCUCUCUCCAUCAAGAGUCAGCGACCAGAGUUCAGAGUUUUGAAAAUGCCGAGCAGCACCGUUCCCCCGGGCAGAGGAAAUUACUGACAUUUUUUAGCGUUUCAGGAUCAUCAGGUAAGAAGACUGUUCCUGAAAGGAAAUCCAGGAGUGGAUCUGAAACGGAUUUGAGCACAUCCCUGUUUCCUCAAAGAAAUGUCAAGCCAUUAGCAGAAGAGACGGACUCUGGCUGCAGCAGUGCUUCUACGGAAUCGGACGUGGGUUUGGACACUCCUGAGCUCGGCGGUUGCUUCAGUAGCGAAAGUGCAGACCGUUCCCCUGAUGUCGAACCCCAUGGUUCCAAAGGAGGAAUUCCAAGGGAAAGUCUUGAAACUUGUGGACAAACAUGGAGCUCAGAAUGUGACUUGAACCAAAGCAAAGAGUGUACUGAGGAGGUUAACUGUCCGUCCCCAGACGCAAAGCGUCGGAAGAUCGCUCCACCUCGGUCACAGACAGGAAGUUUGUCAGAGGAGAGGGAUGAACAGAAUUGUGCCACUUCGUCACAGUACGACGUGCCUUUGGAGAUCGAGAAGAAAAUCAUGACGCUGGAGUUUUCUAUGAGUUCGUUGAAGGGAAGGGUGAAGAAUCUAAUCCAGUGGCAACAGAAGAAGGUGGAAAAGCUGAAUUACAGGAAAUUCCGGGCAAAGAUUAGCCCUGGAGAAAAUAAAUCGGCAGAGGACGAAUUGAGAAAAGAAAUAAGUAAAGAGAUGUUUGCAAAAAUGGACAUUGUCGGCCAGUUCAACUUAGGAUUUAUAAUAGCCAAAUUGAACUCUGACCUCUUCAUCAUUGACCAGCACGCUUCAGACGAGAAGUACAAUUUUGAGAUGUUGCAGCAGCAUACCGUUUUGCAAGGUCAGAAACUGAUCAUACCUCAGACCCUGAACUUAACUGCUGUCAAUGAGAGCGUGUUGGUGGAAAACCUGGAAAUUUUCAGGAGAAACGGAUUUGACUUCGUGAUUGAUGAAGGGGCCCCUGUAACCCAAAGAGUGAAGCUUGUUUCAUUACCGACAAGUAAAAACUGGACUUUUGGCCCACAAGAUAUAGAGGAGCUGAUCUUCAUGCUGAGCGAUUCCCCGGGUGUGAUGUGCAGACCUUCCCGAGUGAGGCAGAUGUUUGCUUCCCGAGCGUGUAGGAAGUCGGUCAUGAUUGGAACAGCACUGAAUGUCAAGGAGAUGAAGAAACUGGUCACCCACAUGGGCGAGAUUGAGCACCCUUGGAACUGUCCGCACGGAAGGCCGACCAUAAGGCAUAUAGCCGACCUCAAUCUGGUUUCUCAAGAAUAGCAAGCCCUUAUACCCGUUUUUUAAAAAUUCAUUGCACUGUGACUUCUUUUCGGAUUCCAGCUGAUCAUGAACAUGUCCCCAAAGCUUAAGCCUUCGUUUUGUGUAGCUAAUUUUUUUUUAAAAUCAGUUUUAUUAUAAAGGUGGCCAGAUCCUCAAAUUGUCAUGCGGAGGCAUGUGUGAAAGAUUGAUGUUUGGCUCUCUGGCCUUCUCAUCUGGAAGGAUAGUAAGCAGGCGGGUGAGAUACAGCUAUUUCGUGCUCCAGACUCUUGUUGCAAAAUUCUCGGGUUGGGGUGCACAGGUGCACUCCCCUUUAGAAAACUAUCCUGGGUCAUCCUCUUAGCCCGUUGACCAUGACCAAACUGUUAAGAUGGAUCCAUUUGUCAUCUAAACCGGUGUAAGUCCGGUGCAACGGAUAAGAUGCAAGUUGUUUCUCCUAUGAAAUCAUCUGUGCUAGAAUUACUUGUAAAAUCAUCCUUCUCACUUCUGUAGUUCUGUGUAUGUGUGUGUGUACUUUUUUAAUUUUAUUAAAAAAUUAUAAACUUUUUUUUUACACAAAAGUUUUUUGAGUUCUCAUUAAAUGACGUCCCUGCAUACAAUGCGCCAUGGUGGGGUUUCAGUAUCCUCCUUGUUCUGUACUGUAAGCACUCCAGAACCAAGGACAGUGCCACAACAUAUGCAGAGUUCUUUUCCUACAACUGCAACUUACCUUUUCCCACAAAGAGUCUUGUGGUGCUUUGACGGCUAGCUGAUUUAUUGCAUCAUAUGCUUGGUGUAGUGGUUAAGAGAGCUGGGCUCUAAUCUGGAGAACCAGGUUUGAUUCCCCAGUCUUCCA